AUUGAACCUUUAUGAGUGUGUAUGUAAAUGUGUUUAACCCCUGGCUAGUUAUAAGGAAAGUGUGUCUGCUUAACCUUUUGUUUGCUGGCGGGAAAGUUGUGUGUUGUCUGUAGAAUAACUUGUAUAGUCUGCGUGAGUGCUUAGCUAGGAGUCUGGGGUGAUUUGCCUCUGGGAAGUGUCAGUGUGCAAUAGAACCUCUAGAUUUGGGUGCUUGCGGCCUUUAAACGCGGUGGUGGCAGUUUGUUAAGUUUAGGCGGGUUGGGGCUGUUUGGGGUUUGAUUGCAUGAGUUAGCGAAAAACUGUGUAGUUGAUGUGUUAACCCUUACAGCCGCCCGCCUGGUCACGUGCGUCUGUGGUGGCGUUCGUGACAAGUGGUGGCUAAAAGCAGUGGGAUACUUUUGUUUUUAGAGCAUUAGUGCUUGGUUUAUCUAAUUAACCCUUGCACUAAAGGACUGCAUCCUUGCGAGGAUAACCGGUCCUCAAAGAUAAAACUCAGUGCAUAUUUUUUUUUUUUUAAAAAGACAUACCUGCAAACAGUUCCCUUCCCUUCUUGUUUUCUUUCCUAUCUUUUAUUUUGGCAAUUGUCACCUGGAAUGGCACCCUACAAGAGGCAGAGCAAAGCUGAGGACAGCAACAGGUCCCAGAGGGGUACAGGAGCAUCUCUGCAGCUUAUUCUGCAACACCAGCAGGCAGAGGCGGCAACAGCAGAACCCCAAGCAGAGAUGGAGGUACAACAGCUUGUUCUGGACCGUGAGCCUACAAUGGCAGAUCAAACAGCGCAGAUUGCAGACACACAUAGUCCUAACAAAUGGCCAUACAGGAAGGGACCUUCUCUACAGCGAUCACCAAGCAGGAAGGAGCAUCACACAGGGGGUACAGCACAGCAUGCCCAGUCCGGUGCAAGUCCUUUUUGUGGGGGAGCCAGUGUCAACAAAGAUCCUGGAGCUUCCCGCAGAUGUUUUCCCUGCAACCAGGUGGGCCAUGUGAGGGUUGCCUGCCCAGAACAGAAGGAGCCAAGCCCCCCUGUACAGCCUGUGGUAAUGUUUGUGUCUGUUAAAACAGAAAAUCUCUCUCACCAUAUGCAAUCGGUGAUUGUGGGUGGCAAAGUAACUCGGGAACUAAAGAACUCAGGGGCUUAUUUUUCUCUGGUGCGUCCAGAGAUCAUCAACACUGGGGACAUUAUUCCUGGGAAGACUUUGUCCAUAAAGGGGGUGGGUGGGGACCACCCAAAGGUGCCUGUGGCCAAGGUUUACUUGGAUUGGGGUGUGGGGAGAGGUCUAAGGGAAGUGGGAGUGUCCAAUGAGAUUCCUCUCGAUAUAUUGUUGGGGAAUGAUUUGGGUUGCAUGGUAACUGCUUUUGUGCCUUAUGACCAGGUCUCACUAGGUCCAGCCGCGCUGGAGUGUGGCCACCCACCUCAGCAAGUAACUGUCACAAGUAAAAUGCAGCAAAGUAGCUGGGAGGGAGGCCUGGGAGACCGUGUCAACCAGUGCCUGAACCAGUGGUGUCCCAAGGUGGGAACCAGAAGGGAGAUGGGGAGGAGCAUUUUCCCCUAGGAGUCUCCCUGGUGCAGACAGGUAGUGUACUUGU